GAUCAGCAACAAAACAAAGAAGUUCGAUCACAUAAAAAGAAAGAAGUGGAAAAUAUCAUGCAAGAUGUAUUUGAUUUUACCAUGAAUGAAUCUAAUAAAAAUCACAUGACAAAAUUUUUGCUUACGGGUCAUGAGGAAAAUUCAGAUGCAUUGAAUAAUAUAGUCCGCUUAUACGAAGAUGCAUGUAAUGCAGAAGAUAAAAUGAUAAAAGCCAAUCAGGCAGAAAUUUUAUGCUGGUGUAAUUUUAUUAUAGGACUGGAUAAAAGUGUGGAUAAAAUUAUGAUCAAAGAAAAG